AUCUAGCACCACCUUCUGUUUCAUUUACUAGUCCUAUGAUGGGUGUUGUGAAACCCGAGGCUGAUUCUAGCAAAAAAAUAAAUUGUCUAGAAACACAUACCGGAAACAGUCCUGUCAUUUCUACUCAUCAGAAUAUACCAACUGCAGAAGCGACUCAACAUAUGAUAGACGUGAGGGGAUUCAAGAAUGCAACAGUGACGCUAGAUAACAGCAAGUUUCAUGAAGAUACACCGAUUGCAUUGAAUAGACUCUCAGUGCCAGUUGUCCAUAAAAGUAUGCUGGAAGUUGUCAUACCAACAAGUGUGGCAUCUAGGCUUGUUACAGAAUCAAACAACAAGUUUACUGUGAUCAGUCAUCUAUCUGGAGCAGAUGUUGAAUUGAUUGAAGAUAAACCCAAUGUAACAGGGAAGAUCAUUCAAAUUACGAGGGAUACUACAGAGCAAUCCAAGAGAGCUCACAUCUUGCUUCAAGGAUUUAUUUUGACUGCUGCGGAAGACAGCCCAAAGGUGAAUGGGGACCUGCAUGGCUCCACAUAAAGCAGGAAGGCGCUCGCUAAUUGGAGUCCUUCGAUUACUGUAUUCUGCUUCAUUAUCCAGUCAUGCUUGGUGCUUUUCCAUAAAAGCAAGCCUACUGGUAAGAAUGUACAUAAUGGAACUAGUACCCCGUGUAAGAGUAGUCCCUAAGAAUGCUCAUAUUAAUUUCGUUUGCUUUCCGAAAAAUGUGGGACUUUCUGAAUAGCUCCGGAAUUGAAGUUGUUGUUUUCCCCUUCCUGCCUUCUGUCUUUCAUUAGGAUGAAACUUUUUUGGAUUUAAUAUAAUCCAUUUGUGGAAUUACAUUGUCGCGUUUGGAA